AUGGCAUGGCAUAUGAGCUCACGCCAAAUUCCCGGCCAACCCUGGAUUUAUAACUCCUUCGGUCAUACUCAUCUUCAGGCCCAAUGCCUAGACGAAGAUGGUCAGUGGCAGAAUAGUGACAUUGAUUUAGACAAUGUUAUUGGCGAGGAAAGAGUGGUACCACUAGACGAGCUUGUUUGGGGAGAUCAGAACUUUACUGCAGAGUCGAAGUCUGUUAACUUUGCCUUUGAGCAAACUCCCGCACAACCUAUUCUGCGUGCUACAUUCUUUGACAACAACAGCGCUCCAAAGAAUACAGCGGAGAGGAUUGCUAAUGUUGAUGGCCACCUUGUUUUCCGAAUAGCCAAGGGGGUAGAAACGUAG